AUGACGGGCCACGCCGAAGAAACCCUACCAAAAGCCACGCGCGAGCAGAUGAGCGAGGCCAAGCUGCCGCUGGCCUACCGCGACAGCUGCGCCAACCUGCUGAUCCCGCUGAACCGGUGCCGGUUCGAGACAUACUACCUGCCGUGGAAGUGCGAGACCGAGAGACACAGCUACGAAAAGUGCCAGUACGAGGAGUUCAAGAAGCGGGUGGCCAAGAUGAACGAGUUACGAGAGGCCCGCGACGGUGCACGGAGCAAUUAG